AUGAUUCAAUAUCACUCUUUCAAGAUCAACCCAGCAUCGUCUUCUUCCUCGUCAUCAUCAUCAACGACAUCACCUGUCUCUUGUGCUGACAGGCCAUCCACAGCACCCUCGUUUUCCAUGUCAGUUGAUGCUUCCAAGCAGCAGAAAAGAUUCGACAACUAUCAUCGCAGGCAGCUGGCUUGCAACAACAAUAGGCUUUCACCAACAUCACUGGCUGGACCAUCUUUCAUUAAUGCAUUGCCUAUUAAUAACAUCAAGCUACCCAGUAUCAAGGAACUUGAAAAUUUGAUCAUCAACCCAACUCAAACAAGCGAACCAAUAACAACAGCGUCCACCGUAAUGCCACAGCUGCCUCCAAUCAUGUCAGUAUCCACAACAAAACGGCCAUUUUCCGCCAUUGUAGAACAAGAGUGUCGCACGAGUACAACCCACAGCAUGCGUCCUUUAAAACGACUGAAUAAUGAAAAAAGAAAGCUCAAGCCAACUCCCAAGCAGCAAUGCCACUCAUGUAACAGCACUGAAACACCCGAGUGGCGCAAAGGCCCCCUAGGUCCUCGCACGUUGUGCAAUGCAUGUGGCCUAAUUUGGACAAAGCUCUGCAAACAGAAUGGACAAGACAAUCAAAACAAGGAACUGUCAGCGACAUCCGACAGUAGUCAACAUUUAUCUCCUUUGUCGUCACCUACUUCUCAUGCAUCAUCUACUGUUUUUAGUAGUAGCAGUUACAAGAGCAGCAUUAACUGUCAGAAAUAUACGCUUUCAUUCUUGUUGACUUGA